AUGAAUCCAGCUGCCGCCUUCGGGUCCAUGGAUUUGCCAACCCCUACGCCAGCGGCCGUCGCCGCGCCUGCGCCCGUGCCCACACCGGUACAUGCCGCAACGCCUGCUCCGAUGCCACCACCUGCUGGUUCGGGCUCAAUGCCAUUCCCCUCGGCUUCAGCCCCUGGAUCCGGCUCGACUGCCGCUCCCAUGUCCAGCCACGGCCCCAGUCCCGGUACUGGGGGCCACCUUGCACACGGCCAUGGGUACGCCCACGGUCACAGCAACCCGCCCGGCCUCGGCCUCGGCCCCGACUCUCACAAUGCCAUGUCUUCUCAGAGCCGCCCGUGUGACAUUUGCCGCCAGCGCAAGACCCGAUGCGUUCGUGAGGAGGGUCGCGACAAGUGUGUCAUGUGCACCUUCCACGGCCAGCCUUGCACCUACCUCCGCGGGCCCUUGCCUCGCAAGCGCCGCAAGGCUACCGAUCCCGCCGAGCACCGUUCUCAGCCCAACGGCUCCACUGGCGCUUCUUCAUCGGCAGCUUCGGCUUCAGGCCCGACCUCGGUACCGGGCGCAGCCUCGACAUCUGUUCCCUUGCCCCUGGACCAUUACGAAGACCUCGAGUAUCCCUCUCUACUCGAUGGCACUCUCGGCCUGCAUCUCAAGACGCACUCCGAGUAUAUCGGGUUGACCAACUACAGAGAGCCGUGCCUGCUCGACCUCCACCGCGCCGAGGACUCGACCGCCAGAUCUGUCCGCCGUCUCGAUGACCAGACCGUCUUCCUUAUCCACAGAGACAAGGAAACGACAUCGGAAUCCCAGCGCAUAGCUGAUCUCGAUGCCAUCGAGAAAGUUGUUCAUCCACUGGGCUCGUCCCUUGUCAACCUCUACUUCCGCAUUGUACACCCCAGCUUUCCUAUCCUCCACAAAAAAGUGUUCCUCGAGAAGUAUGCCCGGUCGUAUCACGAGUUCUCCCCGCCAUUGUUGGCUGCUGUCUAUCUACUCGCUCUCGACUGGUCUCUGUACGACCGCACACUGGCGACAUCCUCCUGGCAACCAGAUCAGACGGCUCUCGAAGCUCUCGCUUUACGAACCAUGAGUGAUGACAUGAAGCGGCCGAAAAUUUCAACUCUUCAGGCUGGUCUUCUGAUUCAACAACGUGCAAAGAACAAUACCUGGAACGUCACUGCCCAACUCAUCGCCUUAUCCCAGGGUCUUGGUCUUCACGUAGAUUGUAGUGACUGGGCCAUUCCAGACUGGGAGAAGGGACUUCGUCGCCGUCUUGCCUGGGCCCUGUUUAUGCAAGACAAAUGGGGGGCUCUCGUUCACGGCAAGCCGUUUCUUAUCCGUCCGAAUGAGGACUGGGAUGUCCAGCCAUGUUGCAUCGAAGACUUUCCCGAAAAUGCCGCUGACGAGACACGAUCCGGAGGGCAGCUCCGAAGUAGUCAGACGCGUCCAUAUCUUGCGAUCAUAUUUCGGGCCCCACUCGUCACCCUGUCAAGGAACUUCGGUCGGCAGAACGCGCAACUCAUCCGCUCAAAGCUCCCCUCUGACCAGUGGCUGAGCAUGCCUUUGGCUCGAAGAUAUCUACCACUGGGUUCCGAGGGCAAACCCGUAUGA